CGGCGCGUGCGCAGUGCGGCGCUGCGCGGGGAAGAUGGUGCUCAUCAAGGAGUUCCGAGUGGUCUUACCGUGCUCAGUGCAAGAGUAUCAAGUCGGUCAACUUUAUUCUGUGGCAGAAGCUAGUAAAAAUGAAACAGGAGGUGGUGAAGGAAUUCAAGUCUUAAAAAAUGAGCCUUAUGAAAAGGAUGACGAAAAGGGCCAAUAUACCCACAAAAUCUAUCAUUUAAAGAGUAAGGUUCCUGGAUUUGUAAGGAUGAUUGCUCCAGAAGGCUCCUUGGUGUUUCAUGAGAAGGCUUGGAAUGCAUAUCCAUACUGUAGAACAAUUGUGACAAACGAGUACAUGAAAGAUGACUUCUUCAUUAAAAUUGAGACCUGGCAUAAACCAGAUCUGGGCACAUCAGAAAACGUGCACAAUUUGGAUCCAAACACGUGGAAGAGCGUUGAAGUUGUCCAUAUUGACAUUGCAGAUAGAACUCAAGUAGAACCAGGAGACUACAAAGAUGAUGAAGACCCUGCAUUAUUCCAGUCUGUUAAGACCAAGAGAGGACCUUUGGGGCCAAAUUGGAAGAAAGAGUUAGCAACUGAUGAAGACUGUCCGAAGAUGUGUGCUUACAAGUUGGUGACUAUCAAGUUUAAAUGGUGGGGACUGCAGAACAAAGUUGAAAACUUUAUUCAAAAGCAAGAAAAAAGGAUAUUUACCAACUUUCAUCGCCAGCUGUUCUGUUGGAUUGACAAGUGGAUUGAUCUGACUAUGGAAGACAUUAGGAGAAUGGAGGAUGAAACACAAAAGGAGCUGGAAGCGAUGCGUAAGAAGGGUUCCGUUCGAGGCACAUUGGCUGCUGACGUCUAGAGGAGUUCUCUGUAGGUUCUGAGGCAAAUCAAGCUGUUUACGUAAUCAAGGCCAAGUGAGAGGAACAAGUGCUGCCAAUGAUGAAUGAUGAUGGAUUUAACCAUCACAUGCAGUGUUGAUAUACAAAUGUGUGUGUGGAUGCAUGAUUAUUUGUAUAUAAUUAUAUAUACGCACAUGCAUACUGAACGGGGUUGUUACAGUGUCUCCAGGGUACUAUACCUAUCCUCAGCAAAGAUGCAAAGGAAACUGCUUUCAUUAUGUAUACCUGAAGCAAAUAAAAAAAUCAACUGAGUAGUGUCAUUUUAAGGAUGAAUUAACUGCAGAAUUAUGCUAACUGGUAUGUUUCAUGAAUGUCAAUACUGGACCAGUUUAUUCCCUACUUGUUCUUUUCCUGCCUUGAGUCACUCUGUUGUAACUUGCCCAUAUCUCAUUGUAAAGAAACAUUCAAAUAAUUUCAAUUUUGUGUCUUCCCUAUGUGAUUAUUUUUGGAAUAGGAACAAUGAAUGUAUUUAUAGCUAUUUAUUUCUGGAUUGUCAUUAUCCUAUAGACAAAACAUUUUUUUUCUAUUAGUGGAAAUUGGAGGACUUUUGUUACUGAAUGAGUUUGACCCAAUUCACUAGGUACCCAUUCACUAAUUUUAAAAAAGAUCACAUUUUAUUGGACUUUUGUACAUUGAAAUGCUGAUGUUUUUCUUCAUUAAAAUUGGCAAGAUUAAGGAAAAUGGCUUGUGAUUCAUAAAAUAAUUGUAAUCUGAAAUUUUCCAGAAGUUAGCUUUUAGAUGAAGAAACUGACAAUACUUACGGACUCUCAAGUAUGUAUUAGGCCAUGCCGAAGAAGUGUGAAGGGAGAGCCCAUCUGUAAAAUAGUAUUUCCUGUUAAUGAAAUGGCUAUUUUCCGAAGUUUCAGUUUGGAAACUAUGCAAAUGGUCUUGAUUUCACACACAUUACGCAAUGGAAUAUAAUUGUGAUUUUAGCUCUUUUCAUGUUGAAAAUACACUUUAAAAGAGAUGUAUACUUUCAGAUAUGAUGAAAGUUUAAAUUGUAGCAUCUGACAUGUUUCUCUGAUAUUUGUUAGGACUAGACACAUAAAAAGAAAGAUAAUAUUAUGAAGACCUCUUGUAGAUAACUCUCAAAUAGGAAAAAAGUUUUCAGCAUUUUUUAAGAAAAUAUUCRAAUAGAGCAUAUCAUAGAUGUAUAUUAUCAAAAAGCCUGCUAGAGCAGAAACAAAUUAUUUUAGAAACACUAGUUAGAUCAAAGUCUCUCAAUCUCAAUGCCUAGUUUCCUCCCAGCAUCCCAGAAGCCUCUCUAAGGCAAGCAUUGCUUAAACAUCCUACUCCUUCCUAAUCCCACAUCCAUCCAAGCAUAUUGGAGUCAUGGUUCACAUAGUUCACUUACAAAAGGGUGUCCAUUUCAGUGACUAAUGUUCCUGGCCAUCAAGGACAGCAGGACCAGGUCUGCCGCCUGCCUGCGUGGCCGGGCCCUGCUGGGUCUGCCAGGGCCAGGACGGGGUUCAUACAUCUCUCCUGUGCAACUUCAACCUCUUCCCUCCCACGCUGCAAAGUUAAUCUUUUUCCUGUUGGGAUUAGCAGUUUAAAUGGGUAUUUGUUCUCUGUACCAUCAGACGGUUGUUUUUGUAAAUAUACAUACUCACAUGUGUGCACAGACACAUGAUUUUAAAACUAUUUGCUACCAGGAGGGCUGUUGCAAGCCUGGAACCUAAGGGCUCGAUUCUCCUCUCA